AUGAGUGCUUUCAACUUUACGAAGAUAUUUUAUGACCAACCAAUCACUGAAAAAGAAACAUAUUUUGGAAUUACGAAUGACUAUGUCGUUGGGGCAGGGUCAAUGCAAGGAUGGCGUAAGGCGAUGGAAGACGCUUUCGCGCUUACCGUCACCUUGCCAUCAGACCCUCACACCUCUUUUUUUGGAGUGUUUGAUGGCCACGGUGGGCAUAUUAUUGCGGAUUUCGUGAGUAAGAACAUCUUCAACUACAUCAAAACGGAAUCAGAAUACCAUAAUGGGAACGUGGAGGCUGGCAUAGUGAGCGCAUUCAUGCGGCUGGACAAUUAUUUGAUGAGAGAUCCAUUAUAUGGAAAAACCGAGGCUGGUAGCACUGCCGUAGUUGUCAUAAUCAGAAACGAAACACUUUAUUGCGCCAACCUUGGAGACUCGAGAGCAAUCGCGUUUGCCCAUAACCAUGUGAUUCCGUUGUCCACUGAUCACAAACCGAUGCUGCCGCUUGAAAGGAAACGGAUUUUAGAUGCCGGUUGCUUCGUAAACUUUGACCGAGUCAACGGAGACCUGGCACUUUCACGAGCCUUCGGAGAUUUCGCGUAUAAGCGAAACAGAAGGAAAUCCAUUUCGGAACAGGCGGUCAUCUCGCAGCCAGAGGUGGUCAAGAAAACGUUGACAAGAGAAUGGGAAUUUGUAGUACUAGCGUGUGACGGGAUCUGGGAUGUGAUGACGAACGAGCAGGUGUGUCAUUUCAUCAGAACAAGAAUUGAAAAAAAUGUCAAGCCAGACCUGAUCUGCUCGCAGCUCUUGGACGAAUGCCUAUGCAAAGAUGACCCUAACGCAAAGUACGUAGGCACUGAUAACAUGACGGUCAUAAUUUUCGUUUUCAUAAAAAAUAUCACUUUUAAGCGUUACCAGGGAAUCGAGCUACGUUCAAAUUCCUUAAAGUACGUCUGUAGAGAGAAGAGACGGAAGCGUUUAUUAUUUGAAGCAUCAACUUCAUUGGUUUGA